AUGGAAGAAUCUAGUGAUCAUGAUGAUAUGACCGGAGAAUUUUAUAAGAAAGGUUCAAAAUAUGGCUUUUGGCACAAGAGGUUCUGUGUUCUCAGAAUCCAAGACAUGAAGCUUUUGGUUUAUAUUGACAAAGAAAAAACAAAAUUGGACAGAGCUAUUACAAUUACUUCAGAUACAGAAUGUAUUCUGGAUGAUGAUCAUAAGCAUCCGAGUUUUACUAUCAGCGGUAACAAUAUAAAAUCUAUUAGAUUAAGUACAGACGAUUUGGGCAUUGUUAACAGCUGGGUAACUACAAUAAGAACAAUCACAAUGCAAACACCGCAACUUUCGAUGAAUGAUUUUAAAGUUAUAUCAGUAAUUGGCAGAGGUUUUUACGGUAAAGUAACUUUAUGCGAAUUAAAGAAAACGCAUGAUGUUUAUGCAAUUAAAUCAGUCCAUAAAAGCAGAUUGCUCAAAGAACACAAGAGUUCAACAGUUAUUACCGAACGAAAUAUUUUAAUGCACAUAGAUCACCCAUUUAUUGUCCAUAUUUAUUUCGCAUUUCAAACAUCUUCAAAAGUAUACAUGGGAUUUGAGUAUAUUCCCGGCGGAGAUCUCGCUUUUCAUCUCAAUAAUACUUCGAAAUUUACUUUCAACGAUAUUAAACUUUUUAUCGCCGAACUUGCUCUAGCCAUUGACUACAUUCACCAGAGGAAGAUAGUUUAUCGCGAUUUAAAGCCAGAAAAUAUUUUAAUAGAUGAAGAAGGUCAUCUCAAGCUAACUGACUUCGGAUUAGUCAAAAAUAUUGCUUACUCCAAUGGAACAAAGUCGUUUUGCGGCACACCAGAGUAUAUCGCCCCUGAAGUAAUCCGUGGAGAAAAAUACGGUACAAAAAUCGACUGGUGGGCAUUGGGAAUACUUGCUUUCAAUUUAUUAUAUGGAAAAACACCAUGGAAUGAUGAAAAUCAGGAUAAAUUAUUUAAUAUGAUUUUAAAUGACAAAAUAAUUUUCCCUGAUAACGCCAAACCUAAUGAAAUCGACCUUAUCACUCAUCUCCUUAACAAAGAUCCGUCACAAAGAAAAGAUAUGAAAUAUUUAGUUCAUCAUCCUUUCUUUGAAGGUUUAGAUUUCAAUUCUGUCCUUGAAAUGAAGUACCAACAUGAUUUCAGACCAAUUAUUAUCAAUCUCAACGUUGCUACUAAUUUUGACAGAGAAUUUCUUGAUGAACCGAUCAUAGAUUCCCUUGGAACACCCGUCCAACAGGAAAUGAAUGCGUUCGAUGGAUUUUCUUUCGUCGCCGAUCCGAAAGAAGACAUCACGAAGUAUAAUUACCAGUACGAGCUUCCAUCUGCCUCUGUUAAAUCUUCGACAAUCGAAGAAUAA